CCGUCAUUUAUUUUGGACACCAGAUUCAUCUCAUUAUCAUAGAUGAUAUAUUAUAGCUGCUUAAGCACGAGGUCGAUUGCAGCAGUAGGGUCGGCAGUUGCAAAUCUGUAAAACUCAGGGCAGCUGCAAACAUUGGUGGUAUCUCAAAUGGCGUGCAUAGCGCGGCAGGGACGAGAGUAGGGACGAGAGUAGGUUCGCGACUCAGACUAUGCACAGCACGUUUCGUCACGUGCGUAUCUGUGACGUAGACAUAGCUGGGUACCGCGGAGAGUGAUCACUCCAAAGGACCAUCACUCGCUUCGCGCCUGCUCCCUUCUAUACAACCAUCGGCACCAGUCGACCAUACAGGACUCAGGCCAUCGCUCGACACCCCCUUCCUCUGUCCAUCACGUCUUCUUUAUUUUCCCGCCUUCGACUGGAUCCUCAACCUUGAAUUUGUCCGCCCGCUGAACGCCCAUCACAACAGCUCAUUCACGUACCAUGAAGCGCGCUGCUGAAGAUCAGCACGACCACCCUUCCAAACGGCCCCAGUCACUCGCCUCUGUCCAUAACAGCCACCUCCCAGUGAGCCCUAACCUGAGCGCAGGAAGUCCUAGUCCACCGCGGAAGAAGGAGCUCAGGGUGUGGAAGGGAUGUUCGCAGUUGAAAGAGUUCGACCUGGUGGACAAGCUGGGUGAAGGCACCUUUGGAGAGGUUCAUAAGGCGCGAAGAAAAGGAUCUGGAGAGCUCUUGGCUCUGAAACGCAUUCUGAUGCACAACGAGAACGAGGGUAUACCUAUUACGGCGCUAAGAGAGAUCAAAAUCCUGAAGAGAUUGCGGCAUGAUAACAUCGUGCCCUUGCAUGAUAUUGCCGUAAAUCCAGGGUCGAGGAGCGGACGCAGUCGUGCGAGUGUCUAUAUGGUCUUCCCGUACAUGGAUCACGACUUAAGUGGACUGUUGAACAACCCCAAAGUCCGACUCUCCGUUCCUCAGAUCAAGCUAUACAUGAAGCAAUUGCUGGAGGGCACUAUUUACAUGCAUUCGCAAAAAAUCUUGCAUCGAGAUAUGAAGGCUGCCAACUUGCUGAUCAGCAAUAAUGGAACGCUAAAGAUUGCGGAUUUCGGAUUGGCGAGACCUUUCAAGCCGGAGGGCGAGGACUACACAUCCAAAGUCGUAACACGUUGGUACCGUCCACCUGAGCUAUUUCUGGGCGAGAAGAAAUAUGGGCCUGCGGUGGAUAUGUGGGGCAUUGGAUGUGUAUUCGGAGAAAUGCUGUUUGGAAGACCAGUACUGCAGGGAAACUCAGAUCAGGAUCAACUGGACAAGAUCUUCCAGCUUUGUGGCUCGCCCGCUGAAGAUACCAUGCCCGGAUGGUCAAAUCUGCCAGGUCUGGAAGAGAAGGGCGUUGUCUAUCAAGUAAAUAGAAACUAUCCACGCAAACUCAAGGAGGAUUUUGAGCCGUACGGAACGCUAGCGGCGGAUCUGAUGGACAAGUUAUUAGUGCUGGACCCAAAGAAGAGACUGACGGCAUUCGCUGCAUCUGAUCACGAUUACCUCUGGGUCGAGCCACUACCAGCAGAGAUUGGAGCGUUGCCUGUGUAUGAGUCGAGCCAUGAGUAUGAUCGACAAAGAAAACAUGAGCAGAACCAAGAGCGCCAUGCAUCACAUCAUCACAACAACCAUCAUCAUCAUAGCGCACAAAACACAGUAUCGCAUGGGCACCACCAGGCCCCACGACACGGUGGUGCACCCGGCGGAUCGGCUGCACCCUAUCGUCCGAAUGGUGGUGGUGGCGGCGGAUAUGGAGGCGAUCAUGAUAGGAGAGAUAAGCCAAGGGGGCAUGCACCUUCGGCUUCAUCUGUGCAGCCAUCGGCAUACAGACCAAUACCUUUGCCGCCACGGCCCCAGACGUCGGCAGUACCUCCGGCUGCACCUAGCGCCCCCAGCACUAGCACCACUGCUCGCCGGCCAUGAACGAGCGUUGUUUUGAGUCGGAAGUGCUGGGAAACGGUUCAGCCUCUGGAGGUGCGCAUAUAUAUACAUAGUUUGUGUCUUUUCUUCACAAUGCCUUUCUUUCAUUUAGUACAACAAAAAGCAUAUCUUUCUCGAUAAUAACCUACUCUGUUUGUUCUUUUUUUUAUUAUACGGGGUUAUCAUCAUAUGCUACAACUUCAUAAAUGAAGGCAAUAAAAAAAGAACAUGAGUGCAAUCUGAU